AUGUUCCGAAUCCUCGAGUCGCAAGCUCCGGCCAAACAAACGGCUACGGACACAAUUGACGUGUUAAGCAGUAGACUACAAAGUGCUACAUUGCUUGAAGAUCGAAGGGCAGCAAUUCAAGGACUCAGAAGCUUUGCAAAGCUUUAUCCUGCUUCGGUGGCCUCCGGUGGUCUGCGAUCACUGAUCAGCAGUCUACGCAAUGACAGCGAGGAUGUUGACACCAUCAAGGUGGUCCUUGAGACCCUUUUGAUGCUAUUUACGCCUGAUGAAUCCAGUCCUGAAGCGUCGGAUGAAAUCGCCCUGUGGCUGGCAGAUGAAUUCACUCAGCGACAAGACAAUAUUACUACCCUACUCGACCUUCUCGAAGCCCGAGAGUUCUACUCCCGCCUCUAUUCUCUCCAGUUGAUGUCACACAUUUGCAGUGCACGACCUGAACGAACACAAGAAUGCAUUUUCACAGCGCCAUUGGGUAUUUCCAAGCUCGUCAGUACGCUCACAGACGCGAGAGAGCCGGUCCGCAACGAGGCACUUGUCCUGCUUAUCGCCCUCACCCCCGCAUCGGAAGAACUGCAGAAGCUUGUGGCUUUCGAGAAUGCGUUCGAGAUACUCUUUUCCCUCAUCGAAGCAGAGGGUGCAUUGAGUCUUGGAACUGAGGUCGUCGAAGAUUGCCUUUCCUUGCUGGCUCACCUGCUGAGAUUUAAUGUCUCCAACCAAUCGUUUUUCCGUGAGACGGGUUCUAUAAAAAGAGUGACAGCACUUCUUCAUGAAUGCCAACAGGAGCCAGAGGGCGACGAACCCGUCCCUCAAUGGACUCAGAUCCACCGAGACAAGAACGUCUGGGGUCUCCUGGCCAUCAUUCAGUUGUUUUUGAUUCGUGGUGGCAUGAGCACACCCAUCAAUCAAACUGCAUUUUGGCAGAAUGGUGUUACAGAACAAGUCCUUAGUAUAGCAUUUGGCCAAAGAUUCAGUGUCAACGUCACAUCAAAGGCAUUGGCAACUUGUGCUGAUCUUAUUCGCGGUAACUCACCAUUGCAAGAAAGAUUCGGUGACAUUGAAGUCCUAUGGGGCUCUUACACCCGUGACGACCAGGUCGCCAAUGGUGAUGCACAUGAACCACUGCGCAUCAACGUCAUCGAAGCUUUCCUAAAGCUCAGCCUUGAGCCUGCCCCCAACAGCCUUUUGGAUGCACGGUUAGCUGCUUGUGAAUGUAUGAAGGCAUUCUUCGCCCAUCAUUCUGGAAUUCGCAUGCAUGUUCUCAGGCGAGCAAUCGAAGGACAUACCAGUGGCCAGGACAAGAUCCCAAACAUCCUCUCUGUGCUGCUCACUGCGCCGGAAUCGCGAGGAAAUGCCGAUCCAUACCAAGUGUGGAUGGCAUCUGUUUUGAUGUUCCACCUGAUCUUUGACGACGGAGAGGCGAAGGCACUAGCUAUGAGUGUUACCGAGGGCGAUGCUGAGAGCGGCGAAGAAGUGGUCACUAGUGUUCAAUCUGUGGUCGGGAACCUAAUUACUGGUUUGCAACGCGGCGAUGAUGAAAGAAUCACAGUUGGCUACCUGAUGUUGCUCUGUGGUUGGCUUUUCGAAGAUCCGGAUGUCGUGAACGAUCUCCUUGGAGAGGGCAGCAGUAUCCAAACCCUGCUGCAGGAGAUCAAACACCAGCGGGUACCCAGUAAAUUGGUACCUGGUCUUUGCACUGUCCUAUUGGGUGUCAUCUAUGAGUUCUCUACUAAAGACUCGCCCAUCCCUCGCAUCACGCUUCACAAGUUGCUUGUUGAGCAACUCGGAAGAGAACAAUAUAUCGACAAGAUUACGAGGCUUCGAGAAUGUGAAUUGGUCCGCGACUUUGAAGUGCUACCACAAACCUCAGGUGGUCAGCUUGAGGGUGGAUUACCUGAGGUAUUCUUUGAUCGCUCUUUCAUUGAGUUCCUCAAGGAUAACUUCAGCCGUCUGCUUCGGGCUAUUGAUCGUGAACCAGGAUUUGAGAUUUCUGUCGUUGCCAACGGCGUCGAAAAGGGUGUCUCACGUGAGCUUGUGGAUUCUUUGCGCGCAGAGCUCGAAGAUCGGACCCAAACCCUCCAAAAGCUGGAGUCUGAUCUUGUCAGCAUCCAACGAAAGCUUGAUCAGGAGCAUCAGGAUCACCGAAAAACCAAGGAAUCCGGCACUAUUGAGUUGACGAGGGCCCAGCAGGCCCAGCAAUCGCUACAAUACAGUCAUGCACAGGAGUUGUCGCACCAAUUGUCAAGGCUAGAAGAGCAACACAAACAUGCCCAAAAUGAUUUAUUGAAGCAACACGGUGACCAGCUCCGCGCGAUCGACAGUCAACUCAAGGAGGUUUCUGCUGAGUCAGAAAGAAAGAGUCACCAGGCCAAAGAAGUGAGAGAGUAUCAUGAGCGCGAAGUUGCUGGUCUGCAGAAAACCAUUCGUGGCUUGGAGGCAGAGCUCUCUCGCAUCCAGGAACAACAUAUGGCAGAGGUUGCCAAUUUCAACAACAGAGCCCGAGAGUUGGAAAAUGUCAUCACCAAGUCCAGGGAGUCAUACAAGGCACAGGGUACCGAUCUUGAAAAGAAAAUUCAAGUGUUGGAAGAGACAAACAGAUCUCAUUAUGGACAGGUUGCGGAUCUUAACAAAAAGAUCCAAGAGUUGCAAAGCACUAUCAGCCAGUCCGAGGAAAUCCACGGUAGCCAGGUAACCGAACUCGAAAAGCAGAUUGAAAACCUCGAAAUCUUGAAGAAAAGUCACGGCGAACACGUGACGGAUCUCCAGAACAAGAUCCAAGAUCUGGAAAACAACAAGAAAUCUUCUGAUAGCCAAAUUGCCGAUCUCCAGAAGCAGAUCCAGGAUCUAGAGAGUACCAAGAAAUCUCACGACAGAGAAGUCACCGAACUCAAGAACAAGAUCCAGCACUUAGAGAGCACCAACAAAUCUUCUGAUGGAGAAGUCACUGGCCUCUAUAAGAAGAUCCAGGAUCUGGAAAGCACCAAAAAGUCUCACGAUAAGGAAGUCACCGACCUUAAAAACAAGCUUCAAGAGCUAGAAAGCACGAAGGGGACCCACGACGGUCAGGUCACCGAUCUUAACGAGAAGAUCCGAGACCUAGAAAGCGCCAGAAAAUCUGCUGAAGGUCAAGUUGCCGAUCUCGAAAAGAAGAUCCAGGGGCUAGAAAACACCAAGGGUACCCAAGGUGGACAGGUCAACGAUCUAGAGAAGAAAAUCCAGAGCCUGGAGUCUUCAUUGGCAGUAUCCAAGAAGGAACACGAGAAGGAAGUUACUGACUAUAAGAAAAAGCUUGAAUCCCUGGAGUCGGAUCUUUCCAAUGCCAGAAAAGACCACGAGAACUCGGCUACUGGUCACAGUGAUACGGUUGGGACUCUAAAGUCAAACCUCGCUACAGCCAAAAAGGAGCAUGAGACUGAGAUCGCUGCUUUGAGAGAAAGGAUCGCAUCCCUUGAGUCAGAUCUUGCCAAGUCCCAGAAGUCCAGCAAGGACCUUCAAACAGCCCAAGAAGACACCUCAACUAAAACCUCUGCGCUGGAAACUCGGGCCAAAGAAGCUGAAGACAAGGCCAAGGAGGCCGAGUCUCAGGCUCGCAGUGCUGCGGACGCGCUCAAGGCCGUCCAGGCUCAGCUUGAAAAGGCAAAGGCGGAAGCGAAAGAGAAAGAGGAGUCUCGUCAAACCGCCCAGUCUGAACUGGAAGACCUUCUAAUCGUCUUCGGAGACCUAGAGGCGAAGAGAACCCAAGACAAGAACCGACUCAAGGAGCUUGGAGAAGAAGUCUCAGAGGCUGAGGACGAUGACGAGGACGAGGACGAAGAGGACGAUGAGUGA